UUUUCUCAUUCGAUUUAAAACCCAGCCGUGCUGAUGGUCCAUUUCCCCACUGCUCCUUUUCUGAGCAUGAAAUGAAAACUCUUGAUAAAACAUGACCCUUCAAGGAAUAAUCCAACUUCUCCAGAGGAAAAAUAACAGCCUGACCAGAAUAUUCUUUAACAACAAUGAAAUAAGGAGACCAACCUCACCAUGUAUAAAGCUGUUCAUAAAAAAAGUAAAGAACUCUGAAUACAGCGUAUUUUAAUUUCUAAAAUAUGGGAAGACGGCUGAUCAAAUUGCUAAAGAGUUGUGUGUUUGUGGUUUUGGGUUUUUUUUUUUUCCCCUCCAGCUUCAGCUUAGUUUUGCAAGAAUGAAAGGGGAACAGCCUCCUUAACCAACGGAGCUAUUUCGGCAAGCAUGCGGUUCAUGACGUUUAUGGCAUCAACUUCAGCUGGAGAGCACAGAAGUUGUCUGCCUGCUGCCGCCACUGCUGCAACCUGGAUUUUUCCUUUUCCUGGAGAUUUUAGCUAGAAGAACUGUCCACCAGGGACAGCCCUCCAGCUCCUGUCAGUCCCAGGCCUGUGUGGCCCUCUCUUAGGGUCCUGUAACAGUGAGGAACGGGUCUGUGAGUGUUUGUGUGUGUCUUUGUUCCCUUCACAUUUACUGGAACAUGUAUAUGUGAGAGAGUGAGGAGUAUAUGUUAAAGAGAGAUAGGAAGAGAAGGGACAAGAGACCAGUAGAUUCUGUGGCCUCAGCUUCAGAAAUCCUUCAGUAGACAGAGCGGCCUCUCAGCGAGCAUAGCUUCGAGAUGAAGUUCCCCUGGAAAAUCCUUAUGGCCGCUCCUCUUUUCUUUCUCCUGGCCCUUCACACCUCGGCCUCUCCAGCCUACAAUGACCAGCCUACCACCAGUCACUCUGGCAGCCGAGUCUGUGUAGGAUGCGUGGUGGUGGUGUCUGUCAUUGAACAGCUUGCUCAGGUCCGCAACUCUACAGCCCAGGCUGCCAUGGAGAGACUGUGCAGCUACCUGCCUGAAAAACUGUUCUUGAAAUCCACCUGCUAUUUAGUGAUUCACAUAUUUGGAUCAGACAUCAUAAAACUCCUUAGCGCAGAUAUGAAUGCUGAUGUGGUGUGCCACACUCUGGAGUUUUGUAAACAGGACGCUGGCCGACCAUUGUGUCAUCUCUACCCCCCUCCCAAGGUGGCAUGGGAAUUGACACUAAAGAAGGCAAGACACAUUGUCGGGAAAUCCCAGACUCUGAAAUAUCCUAGAAGUAAUUCCAGUAUUUGUUCACUUCCGUUUUUGGCCAAGAUCUGCCAGGAAAUUAAAUCAGCUAUAAAAAAAUCUGUGCCAUUCAAAGAUUCAGACUCAGACAAAUACAGUGUUUUCCCGACACUUCGGGGCUAUCACUGGCGAGGGCGAGACUGCAAUGACCACAGCAAGACGGCGUACCCGGGCAGAAGGCCAGACAACUGGGAUGCACAUCAGGAUUCAAACUGUAAUGGCAUUUGGGGUAUUGAUCCAAAAGAUGGAAUUCCAUAUGAGAAGAAAUUCUGUGAAGGUUCACAGCCCAGGGGAAUCAUUUUGCUGGGAGACUCAGCUGGGGCUCAUUUCCACAUCGCUCCCGAAUGGAUCACAGCGUUGCAGAUAUCUUUGAACUCCUUCCUCAACUUACCAACAGCAGUUUCCAAUGAGCUCGACUGGCCACAAUUUUCUGGCAUUACUGGAUUUCUAGACUCCACUAGUGGAAUUAAAGAAGAUUCUAUUUACCUUCGUUUACGGAAAAGAAACCACUGCAAUCACAGGGACUACCAGAAUAUUUCAAAAAAUGGUGCAUCUUCCCAGAACCUGGAGAAAUUUAUAGAAAGUUUGUCUAGGAACCAACUGUUGGACUACCCAGCCAUUGUCAUAUAUGCCAUGAUUGGAAAUGAUGUCUGCAAUGGGAAGAUGGACCCAGUCCCAGGAAUGACCACUCCUGAGAAAUUGUACUCCAAGGUCAUGGAGACUCUGAAGUAUCUAAAUUCCCACCUGCCUAAUGGUAGCCAUGUUAUUUUCUAUGGCUUAGCAGAUGGAGCCUUUCUCUGGGAUCAUUUGCACAACAGAUAUCAUCCUCUCGGCCAGCUAAAUAAAGACGUGACCUAUGCACAGCUCUACUCCUUCCUGAGCUGCCUCCAGCUCAGCCCCUGCCAAGGCUGGAUGUCUGCCAACAAGACGCUCCGGGCUCUCACUUCAGAGAGAGCAGAACUACUCUCCAGAACACUGAAAACAGUUGCAACCCGCGAGAAAUUUACGAACUUCAAUCUCUUCUACUUGGAUUUUGCCUUCCAAGAAAUCACGGAGGAGUGGCAGAGGAGAGGUGGGCAGCCCUGGCAGCUCAUCGAACCCAUCGAUGGAUUCCACCCCAAUGAGGUGGCUUCAAUUCUGCUUGCAGAGCACUUCUGGAAGAAGGUACAGCUCCAGUGGCCGGAAGUCCUGGGAAAGGAGAAUCCAUUCAACUCCCAGAUUGAACAGGUGUUUGGAGAUCAAGGGGGACACUGAAUCCCUCAGGAACACCCACUUCAGGGGAGUCCAAGGAGGCAGAAACUUGUGCAAACUCAUCAACUUAUUCAACAAAUGAUUAUGAGGACUGCUCUGUCACAGGUCCAUAAACCCUCUUUAGCAGUAUCUUUGCAAAGUACUUUAUUCUCGGUUCAGAGCAUAUCUGAAUUACAGUGUAAUUCUGGUUGCUUCGGAGAUGAGUUUCCCAAUUUCUCAUCAACAGUCCCUCAAAUAACCUUAACAAAGUAUAUUGGGUGCCAUUCCAAAUAAGAGGCUAUCAAUGCCCUCUAAUAGCUAAUUCCUCUAAAAGAUGCUUCUAAAAAAGAAAAAAAUACAAAUGUUUAGCUAUUUACACAGGGUUCUGGUGUGCUGGGGAAAUGAUCCUUCCCCUGGUGUUGACUUCUGAAAGAUGGCCCAGCCACUUGAGCCUUCUCUUAGAAAGGCUGUAGCAGGCUGCCAAGGACUCUCACAACUAGGCACAGUCCAGGUUUUGUGGGGUCCUCCUUAAAAAAAGAAUACAAGGUUAUAAAUACAAGAUUAGGUACAAACUUGAUUAUUUAUUUAGAAUGAAAAGAGAAAUCACAACAAAUUAUAAAUUUUUAAAAGUUGACAAAAUUCAAAAAAAGACAAUUUUUUUCUUAAACUUUUUUCUUACAUCCUUUGCAUAACCUGAUCACUUCUUCUUACAACAAUGAUUUAGUAAUAUCAUUCUCUAUAGAAAAAUAAAUUUUGUUGCCUAUUAUUGAUAGUGUAGAAGAGUUUCUUUCAGCUACACAAUGCAUUAUUGGUAAAGUCAGUAAAUUCGUAAAAUUGUUGUCAAAUGGGAAGACUUCUAUCACAUUCCUUUGGUCUCUGAGCAUCCCAUCCCUGAUGUGCCCUCCUGGUCAGAAGCACCAGAACCUGAACCAAAGCUCCAUGAGAAAAGAAGUUGGUCAGUCAUGUUUAUGGCUGUAUCCAAAGAUUUUUUUACAAUGCCUGGUCCACUGCAGGUGCUCAACAGAAAAAGUAGGACGGACGGAUGGACGGACGUGUUGCUCUCCAGGUCACACUUUGUUACUUCUUUCUAUUUAAAAAUAAAAAUGCAACCUCUUCUUUGAAGCA